AUGAGAUUUCUACUUCCCAAGUUUGUAAUCAUAAUCAACUUUUACGCAUGCACGCUUGCUGUAUCAAAUCUUCCACGGGACUUUGUGUGUAAUAAGAAACACAUCCCGUCCGAAUCAGUUUCGCGAUCCCUGAAUAUUGCCUGCGAUGCCCUAAGUCACAUAAAUAGCCGCUACCUCUUUUCAGCAUCUUUCGAUGGCUCCAUCCUCUUCGGUAUACGGGACGCGACUCUCUUUGUCAGUUCGGCAAAUCUGUGUUGUAGUCCAAAGAAAGGGAAAGUAAAAGAAAUUCCCAAGAAACUUAGCACGUUUCAUAUGAGUUAUCGGGUUGUCAUAGACUCGAUGUGCAACUUAAUUGGCCUUGUAUACAUACUCAAUCAAUCGUACUACCGUUGCACCCAGGUUUUAGAUUUGAAUCAUGGAUCAAUUAGUAGUUCUGAGACUGGUUUGAAUAUAUUCUCGACAAAUUAUGCAUAUAGAUGCAAAAAUACCAUAUUCCUCUACAAAGACGUUGUCAGGUCUUUCGAAUAUCUUAGAGAACAAUAUUUUCGUUUGGAUCAGAAAGAAAGGAUGAUUAGUCGCAAGAGAACUACUUCAACCGAAUUUCAAGACAAAGCACUUUACCUUUGGACACUAUACGCCGACAGGGAGACGAAAGAAUUUUUUUUUGAUAUUAAGUAUCCAUACGUAAUGGCCAUGAAUAAAAACUCAAAUUUAGUCGGCAUGAUGCAUAAAAAUAAUAGGAAAUGGGUUCGGUGUGUGGAAAUGCAAUCUGUUCGGUCAGAAGCGCCAAGAUUCCAGGAUAGUACCAAGAACUCGAUCGGUGAGACUUUCUUCGAUAAUGUAAGUUCUUACACAUGCGGUCGUAGCGAUAUCUCAGCCACGAUAUUGAAUAGUCACAUGCAAGCGGCCUGCAGGGUAAUAAAAGAAGAUUCUGGGAAGAUCAGAGUCAGACAGACUGCUUAUCCCAGGCUAAAGCUAGCCGGAAUAGACAUGGGCAGUGACGUUCGGUUUUGGCCACUCAGACCUCCAGAAAAUCUCAGAUACCAAGAUAGCGAAUUCACCACAGACUCCAUGACUGAAGAAACCCAUCACUUUGGAAAAUAUGCCACAACAUCUGAAUAUUAUAUCAAACUAAGUUUGAGCUGCGAAUUUUUGGGUGUCUAUGAGUCUUCAGAUAGGAAAUAUAAGGAAUGCCAAAAAAAACAGCCAACAUUGCCGCCAGAGAAAAAGGAACCUAAGAUACCAGAUCUAAAUUUUUAG